AUGCCUGGAAAGACACCCGACAGGGAACCUGCCAGAGGAGGGAACAACAACAACAACAACAAAAUGAAGGGCAAGGGAAAGAAGGGAGAGGAUGAGAAGAUGACGGUUGUUGUGCCGCCGAGCAAGAAGAAGGAGGAUGUGGAGGGGGAUGUGGUGGUUAUGGAGGGGGUUGAGAAUGAGGGGGAGGGGGAGGAUCCGGUUGAGAAGACUGUUGCUGACAUCAAGAGCAACUUUGCCCUCUUGGACCGUGCCGUCGCGCUUUUUGAUGCUCGAUUCACCCUUCGUGCGCUGCGGUCGGUGUCGUCGAUUCGGAAACGGCUGACGGGGGAUGUUUUGGCGAGGGUUGUUGCUGAGACGUACAUGGCGAGUUCGUCUGGGGCCGAGAUUGCGGUUGGUUUGUUGAAGGCGAUUGGACGGGAGGAGGUGCAGCUGGGUGGGAAGGUGGGAGGAGGGGGGGGGGAGAUGGAGAUUGACAGUGAGCCGACGACCAAGGCUGGUUCUGGGAAGAAUGGGGUGAAGAAGGAGCAGAAGGAGGUUAUUCCCGAGAUUGGUGUCUUUUUGGGCAUUCUCACGCAGGUGUUGCUGCAUGACGGCAAGCAGUGGCAGCAGGGGCUGGAGUUUUCGAGGUACCUGAUUGAGAAGAUCCAGGAGCUCAACCGUCGUACGCUCGAUGGGCUUUCGGCCAAGGUGUACUUUUACUUUGAGCUGUUUGCCGAGCAGCUUGCGCCCUUGCCGCCGUCGUCGCAGUCGACGAUUGUGGCGAUUCGGCCGACGCUGCUUGCUGCGCUGAGGACGGCGGUUCUGCGCAAGGAUACGGACACGCAGGCUUCGGUUAUUGUGCUGCUGCUCCGGAGCUACCUGUUGACGUCGCACAUUUCCCAGGCGGAUUUGUUGGUUUCGCACACGCAGUUUCCCGAGAAUGCGGCGAAUAACCAGGUUGCGAGGUACUUGUACUAUCUCGGCAAGGUGCGGGCCAUUCAGCUGCUUUAUACUGAGGCUCACAACCACUUGACCGCCGCCACACGCAAGGCGCCUUCUAGCGCGUGUGCUCUUGGGUUCGGCCAGACUGCCACCAAGCUGUUGCUUGUGGUUGAGCUGUUGAUGGGCGACAUCCCGGACCGCGCGACCUUUCGACAGCCUGCCAUGGAGGCUUCGCUCCACCCUUACUUUUUGCUCGUCCGGGCUGUCCGGGUGGGUGAUUUGGAGGACUUUGAGAGCGUUGUUGCUCAGCACGGGGACACCUUCCGCCGGGAUGGGACGUAUACUCUUAUCUUGCGCCUGCGCCAGAACGUCAUCAAGACGGGGAUCCGGAUGAUGAGCUUGAGCUACAGCCGGAUUUCGCUUCGGGAUAUCUGCAUCCGGCUGCAUCUUGGCAGCGAGGAGAGCGCCGAGUAUAUCGUGGCCAAGGCGAUCCGGGAUGGGGUUAUCGAGGCGACGCUGGAUAGGGAGAAGGGGUACAUGAAAAGCAAGGAGGUGGGGGAUGUUUACGCCACGAGCGAGCCGGGGGAGACGUUUCACGAUCGGAUCAGGGCUUGUUUGAGUUUGCAUGAUGAGAGUGUCAAGGCUAUGAGGUUCCCUAUGAACCAGCACCGUCUUGAACUCAAGAACGCUCAGGAGGCGAGGGAGAGGGAGAGGGAGAUGGCGAAGGAGAUUCAGGAGGGGGAUCUGGACGAGGAUGAUUUGGGGGGGGAGUUUGAGGGGAUGUAA